AUUGACAUUGCCAAGUGACUUUAGACUCCCGCUUUCGGCAGGGCGCAAAAUUCAAAAUAAACUAAAAUAAAUAAUAUAUUGUAGAAGAUAUGAUUUUCAUAAAAAUUAGUAAAAAUAAACAAUUGGAAAAUGGUUUUCAUCAAGUUUGAAGACAUACACAUACAUGGUACCGUGUUAAUGAUGAAGUCCAUAUUACUCUGUGCAUCCGGUUUUGAACUUCGUUACGAAGUCAACUCCAUUCACUAUAUAUCACCUUGUUGUCUUCGAAAUCGGUCGUAUACCGGUCAGCUAGACUGGCUACUUUCAAACAAACGUCAUUUGCCAUAUAAUGACGGAAUCACAGCAAGGUAUUUUUAUUAACAUAUAUUGGAUAUGCUUGAAGAUACUUUGGAGGAAAAAUAUGAGGUGUUAAAAACCGUAUGUCGGCAACAAGUUGUGGUAAGUCCAUCCAAUCUUAGUUUUCUAGUAUGCUUGAAGAUAAAUGAAUCACUUAAAUUGGAAAUUAUUAAGUUACACAAUGUUAUAAAUGAACUUACCAGUGAUAAGAAGUUAGUCUUUUUUAAAUUCGUUCAUCUGUAAUGCAGUUUACUACUAGAUGAGUUUGUCAACAACCAUCUGUCAUGUAUCAGUUCCCUCAAGAGUGAGUUGAAGGAAACACAGGAGUAUGUUUUCAUUGUCUGUUAACACUUGCCUUAGUAAUUCAGUUUGUAGAGGAAACAAACGUGCAAUGAGCCCGUCUGAAAACAACUAUCAAGAUACAAAGAAAGUCAGAAGUUCCCACUCGGCUAUUUGUCGUAAAGAAGAGUCGGUUCUCCUCGAUGAUUCCUCACCACCGUUGUAUCCUAUCCCAGUAGAGGAGAAUGAGGAACCCUUUAGUCCUGACGACCAAGCAGAACAGAGUCACUGUGAGGCUACUCCUAGUCAUUCACCGCUUACAAUAACCUGCCCGAAGUUACAUUACAACAUAUCCAUCGCAGCAAAAACAAGCAUUUCUGCUACCCCUAUCGGUAGCGAUGGUGAAACCUCACCACGGCUAGUGAAUACAUCAAGCAUCACUCUGAAAUCCAAUGUAAGUAAUCCUGGUUCACCUCCAACAAUCACUUCGAAUACACGUUUGCCUACUUCAUCUCCUGUGAGCACCAACAACAUAUCUGUUCUACAACGGCCAAGUCGAGGCAGCUCUCUUGUAACAAACUCAUCAGUAUGUGCAUCACCUACUCCUUUCGUAUCGUUUGCUUCCCAGCGUUCAUCGUCACUUGGUUCACAUGCGAAGUAUGUGUCUGUAACAAAUCGCUCUUUAAAAGUUGUUAGUUCUGGAAAUGCUCCCAACACUUCUGGCAACGUUAUAAAAUCGGUAACUUCUCCUAUAUCAUCUGGAAUCCGUUUAUCAAGCACACCAGCAUUAACAAAUCAACGUAUCUUGAUCCAACCAAGCAAUUGCAAUGUCCGUUCUGCUGUUUUCCCUCGACAGCCUCAAGUAAAGGAUUCCUGUGAAUUUGGAUACACAGAAAGAUGAAACAGGGUUUAUCAAAUUUUGCACAUGCGGGGACCACAUAACUUCAUCUGAUUGUUUCAACUACUGUAACAUUGCUCCUAUUACCUUAUUAAGCUAAAUGCAGAACUGUACAGUUCCUAAUUAUUAUCUGUCGAUAAUAAUAUACAUUUUCAAUUCAUCUAACACCGUUCGGUUUUCAUUUUUUUCAUUUUUGGCAAGAUAUUGCAUUGAAACAUCGGAGGUGUCCAGCACACACCAGUAUUCAAUUUUAUU